ACAGACUUUGAAUGUGUGGUCAAAUUUAGCUCCUGCUAGUCUAGAGGUGGCUUUACUAGUAACCUGUAAUAACAUUAAGUCCUUACCUCUUGGGGUUUGUGAAAGGUGUAAUGCUUACUAAAUACUUGAUUUUCACCUGUCCACUUAUUUCUCCACAGAAAAAGGUUGACAAUGAAGCGCUGCCCGUUGUGCAGAGUUCCCUAUGCCAAUCGCUCAGAGCACCUCAGGAGUGUGCACGGGAUCACAGAUCAUAAACAGCGCAUACUCAUGCUGGGAAUGGCUUCAGGAAGGUAAGUGAAACGCACGCAAACGCAAACACACUACAUAGGCUGCUGAUUGCUGUGCUGAAAAUGUCUGACUAUGUUUGUUUAGAUACGCAGGCCCACUAGGCUGCCCAAUGUCAGAAUGCCAUGGAAAAAGCUACGUCCGCCUGGACCGGCAUUUAAGGGUUGUGCACAGUAUGGAGGUGGGUAUUUGCACUUUUGUAAAAACAAUUGCUGUUGCUUUGCAGACCCGGUAUCAAUAAAUUGACUGCUCUAUAAUGUAAGUUGUUCAGAUGCCACAGAUCUCACCCAAUGUUCUGUGUUCACAGAAGGAUGCCAGGAAGUUGCUCCUGGAGGAGACCAAAAAAAAAGCAAUUGCAUCCCAACUGUCUGCCAUGAGGAAGAACAAAACGCCAGCAGGUUCAGCCAGCCAGCCCCCCACCCCAAAGAAGCACAAAAAAGACUUUGGUUUGUAAAGUAAUAAUGUACUCUUAUCAAUUACUCAGCCUGCAUUGCCCUGACAUUUCAGUAACACUCUGUUCGUUCUUCUUCUUCUCUGGUUUACAGAGUACCUGAUAGUAAAGUUCUUGAGGUCCGGGCCGAGCAGGAGGGGUAAACGGCAACUUAAGAAGGCUGUGAAACAUGUCAGGCGUUUUGUACAUCACAUGUGGGGGAUGAAAAGCCCUCCCCCGUCCCACCUCAUGUUUUUAAAGAGGACAGGGAAGGUCUUAAGGUAAAUGUUGUUAUUUUGAUUUGGCUCUUAUGGUUUGGUAACUGCUGACAUCAGUGUGACACUCUUGCUUUUUCUGUUUGUUAGGUGGAUAGCUAAGCUGAAGAGGCAGAGCCUGGCAGAAACCACAAGGGGCUACCUGGUAGCCAUCAGGAGGUUCUUGACGUUCCUGAGGCGGGAGGACUUCUCCCAGGUAAUGGUGCCCUCUGUCACUGGAAAAAGCACUGUAUGAAGGUUCUGUCUACAGCAUGUGUUCCAGGUCCUCAAUGUAUGACUGUAUUUCUUCCUCAGGUCCGUCUGUCUGCAGCACAGAUAAUGUCCCUGGACAGGGUGCUGAUAAGAGAGCUCUCCAACCUUACAAAGCAGACCGGGACCCACCAGCAGGGAGAGGUGCAAUCUGAAGAUGGGAAAAGGCAAAAAACAAAUUCCCUGGAAAAAAGCAGAGAGGAUGAAGCUGCCAGGCAGGUCUCUGAAGCCGCUGAAGAGUCAGAGGACAGCACCUCCAGUACGGCUGGGACCUCAGACCAGUCUGAUGAUAGCAGCUCCGGGACGGCUGAGACCUCAGACCAGUCUGAUGAUAGCAGCUCCGGGACGGCUGAGACCUCUGACCAGUCUGAUGAUAGCAGCUCCGGGACGGCUGAGACCUCAGACCACUCUGAUGACAUUAGCCCCGGGACGGCUGAGACCUCAGAGCCACCACCAGCUCGUGUUCCUGGGUCCACUAGCUACUCAAUGGACACUGCAGAGCCUGUUACAUCUUUUGUUGGUUCACCUCAGCCACCACCACUGCAGCCUCAGCCGCCAAUACCGAGUGAGGUCAGUGAAAUGGAGCACACAUGGGAGGCCUUAGAAGAGCCAGAGGACAGCAGCUCCAGGACGCUGAGACCUCAGACCGCCAAUACCGAGUGA